AUGGCCCCGAGCACCGAGCAGGGCGAGGCGGAAGCGAGAUCCGCCAGGAUCCAGGCUCGCUUUCAGCAGUGCAUGGGCGAUGACUCCUCCCAGCGGCUCUUCACGCAGCUUGAUGCCUUUCGCGGGCGCCUGUGGGCGGAGAUCAACGGCGUGGAAACGGCAGCCAUCCUAUGGUGGACAAUGUCAUCCGGUUUUUGUGCGUUGGCCUUCGUGUGGUGGUUGGGCGGAGAGAACUGGCUCAUAGGUCAGUGGGUCCUCUGCGGAGUGAUCCUGGUGGUGGCUGGCAUCCUCGCCUUGGGCUUGGGACCUUACCUACCAGAUGCAAGCGCUGUGCUGGACUCGGAGGAUGUCUUGUGGUGCGUGGUUGUUGGGGCCUUUGUCACUUUCUACAGCUUCCCGCAGCUGCUUCUGUCACAGAACCUCCUUCAGAGCUUCUCCGAUGACGUGACGGAGGCGCACGGAUCCUACCAAGGGAUCUUCUGGUCUUGCGUUAUCGCCAUGGUCUCGGUGCCCAUCUUCGCAAACUGGCAUAUGAUCAUCACCAGGGCAUGGCUGGCCACCUUCCGGGACUACCACGCGACUACGGAGAACACCAUCAACCACAAGAUAGUCACCCUGACUCCCGGAAGGAGCAGCAGCAAGGCCGAGCAGCAGCCCCUCGUUGACGCGAAGGCCGGUCAAGCAGAAACAUGGCUCUGCAUUUCCGUCAAGAUCCGGCAACCGCCACAUUCCUGGCGCAAGGGUUUGCAGCACAGACGGACGCGACCGCGGGUUUUUUGUUGCUAUGCCCCGAGUGCACGCCCAAAAGCCCCUUUCGAGCAGUGUCCAGGCCCUCACCAUGGAUAG